UUCUGUUAUUCGUAGUUAUAGAAUUCAAUUUUUUUUCUGUCGAGAUGUUGAAACCCCUCGCAGUACUUCUCGUGAUCAGUAUUUUUGCUGUUUCGUGUGUGAAUUGUUCCAAUAUUUUAGUUAUUUUGUCAUUCCCUCCUCCUAGCCACCAUUUGUGGAAUGAAAAGAUCGUCAACAAAUUAGCCGAACGUGGCCACAACAUAACUGUCCUUUCGGUACAUCUUUCAAAAACCACCCCUAAAAAUGUUCACUACAUUCACUUGGAGAAAACAGCGUCCCAUAUUUGGCAAAAAGCAGUUUUCACCCUAAACGAUAUCACCCUGGAAAAGAGCUACCGUUUAAUAAAGAUUGGAUACUCUUAUAUGCAGCUUAUCUGUGAGGGAAGCCUCCUUUCAGAUGGAUUCAAAACGCUCCAAAAUUACCCAGAACAUUUCAAAUUUGAUCUGAUUAUUCAUGACAUCAAUGGUGGACCAUGCCUUUUAGGCCUUCUACACAAGUUUGGAUAUCCGCCUCUAGUGGGGAUAUCUGCGUAUAAAUAUACACCGGAACUUGCGGAUAUCAUCGGGGGACAUUAUUUUCCAGGCUAUAUUCCGUUUGUCAGUAUGCCAUUCGAUACGAACAUGACUUUCUUGCAACGUUUGGAGAAUAUUUGCUUUACAAUUGUGGAUUACAUAUACAGACACUAUGUUCAUAUUCCUCAGCGUGAUAGGCUUGCCGCCUCCUUCUACAACUAUACGCUCCCGUCGUUCCAGAGCCUUGAGCAGCGAACAACGGUGGCCUUGCUAAAUAUCCAUUCAGCGACUGAUUUUAACAUUCCUUUAGGACCAAACGUGAUUGCAGUUGGUGGAUUAGAAGUGGACGAACCCAAGCCGCUUCCAAAGGAUCUAGAACAAUUCAUUUCCACGUCAAAAUCAGGCGCAAUUUUAAUAUGUUUUGGAACCGCCGUGGACUCCUCAAUGUUCCCUGAUGAAAAGCAACAAAUGAUUUUAGAUGUAGUUCGAAAAUUUCCCAGCUAUAAUUUUAUAUGGAAAUUCGGAAAAGAUAUAUCACAUGACAACAUAUCAAAUCUGUUGAUAAGGAAGUGGUUGCCGCAGAAUGAUAUCCUUGCUCAUCCAAAUAUUAAACUGUUUAUAUCACACGGCGGCGGACUAAGUUCAAACGAAGCAACCUGGCAUGGGGUUCCUCUGGUUGUCGUUCCAUUUUACCUAGACCAAAUACAGAAUUCACGAAAAUCUGUUCUUGCUGGUGUUGGGAAGACUUUGAAUGUGCAAACCAUGACCGCCAAGGAUUUGGAAGAAGCAAUUCGUUCAGUAUUGGAAGACAGCUCAUACAGGGAUCGUGCUAAAACUCGAUCAGAAAACUUUCGAGACCGCCCUCAAUCCCCGAUGGACACAGCUAUCUGGUGGAUUGAGUACGUACUACGCCAUCCAAACCCGACACACUUGCGACCGCCAACAUUGGAUUUAAGUUUACUGCAAAUCAGCUCCUGUGAUGUUAUCCUGUUUUUGAUACUAGUUUUAGCCAUUAUAAUUUGGAUUAUUUAUUUAUUGGUGAAAAAAUUGUUUAAAACAUUAGCAUUUAAAGGCAAAUUGAAGAAAAAGAACCAAUAAAAAUAAAAGAUAUUAUCUUA